AAUCUUUUCUUUGUAAAAAAACAGAAAGGAAACUGUAAGCAGUUUAGGCGUAUCUUCGGGCAAGCAUCUGGCCACCUCACCAAACUGCACGAGGAUCCGGCCACCGCCCGCCAGGGUCUGUGUCUGUGCAGGUUAACAACAAGUGAAGAAGAACAAGGAACGGUUUUGUUUUGCGAUGAGGGUGGCGAUGGCGAGUGCGUCCACGUAGAUUGAGCGAGGAGAAUAGAAGGCUGUCCUGUCCUGUGUGCGCUUGCCUUGCUUGCGCGGGUGCGGACAAAAGCCCCAGCCCCGUUUCUUGUCGCCACCCCACCGCACACGCCUCGAAAAGCCCAAGACACCCUCUUCUCUCCUCUGCUUCUUCCUCUUCCUUCCUUCCUCCUCCAUCUCUCCCUCCUCUUGCUAGGCUGCUACCUGCCCUUGCCGGAGUAGAGUAUCUGCGUCGUCCGCGUCUCCUCCCCCCUCCUCUGGCAAGCAGCAAGCGCGCGUGCAAGAGCAAGACGACUCCCAACCCGCCCGAGGUGAAGGUGCCGCAGGCUUUGCCAGGCCGCCUCCGCCUACUCCCACUGACUUUACCCGAUUGGAUUGGCUUGGCGCUCCCACCCAGCAGCAGCCAUCAAUUGUUCCUCAGCCAUACCAUUUCCGUCGUAUAAAUCCACAAGAAACAGCGCCAAAGCUCCAAGCUUUUGCUUCUGCUCGCUUCAUAAAAGUUUCCGGCCGGGGACGACGGGCGAAUAAGCAAGCUGGCGAGGCUCAUGGUCCAGGACGACGCCUCAGCCUCAGCCUCCACGUCGUCGGUCACGUCCUCCCCGCUCCACAACUUCUCCAGCAUGCCGCUCCACCCGGCCGCCGCCCCGACGCCGCCCUGGCUACUGCGGGAGCUCCGCUCCGACGAGCGCGGCCUCUGCCUCAUCCACCUCCUCCUCAACUGCGCCGCCGCCGCCGCCGCCGGCCGCCUCGACGCCGCCAACGCCGCGCUCGAGCACAUCGCCUCGCUCGCCGCCCCCGACGGCGACGCCAUGCAGCGCGUCGCCGCGGCCUUCGCGGAGGCCCUGGCGCGCCGCGCGCUCCGGGCCUGGCCGGGCCUCUGCCGGGCGCUGCUCCUGCCCCGCGCCGCGCCCACCGCCGCCGAGCUCGCCGCCGCGCGCCGCCACUUCCUCGACCUCUGCCCGUUCCUCCGCCUCGCGGGCGCCGCCGCCAACCAGUCCAUCCUGGAGGCCAUGGAGUCGGAGAAGAUCGUGCACGUCGUCGACCUCGGCGGCGCCGACGGCACCCAGUGGCUCGAGCUCCUCCACCUCCUGGCCGCGCGCCCCGAGGGCCCGCCGCACCUCCGCCUCACGGCCGUCCACGAGCACAAGGACGUGCUCACCCAGACGGCCAUGGUGCUCACCAAGGAGGCCGAGCGCCUGGACGUGCCCUUCCAGUUCAACCCCGUGGUGUCCCGCCUCGAGGCGCUGGACGUGGAGUCCCUCCGCGUGAAGACCGGCGAGGCGCUGGCCAUCACCUCCAGCCUGCAGCUGCACUGCCUGCUCGCCUCCGACGACGACUCCGGCGGCGGCAAGGACACGGGCAAGGAGGGCAAGCGCAGCAGCCCCGAGUCCGGGGUGUCCCCGUCGACGUCGCGCGCGGACGCGUUCCUGGGCGCGCUGUGGGGCCUGUCGCCCAAGGUGAUGGUGGUGACGGAGCAGGAGGCGAGCCACAACGCGGCGGCGCUGACGGAGCGGUUCGUGGAGGCGCUCAACUACUACGCGGCGCUGUUCGACUGCCUGGAGGUGGUGGCGGCGCGCGGGUCGGUGGAGCGCGCGCGCGUCGAGCGGUGGCUCCUCUGCGAGGAGAUCAAGAACAUCGUGGCGUGCGACGGCGGCGAGCGGCGGGAGCGGCACGAGCGGCUGGAGCGGUGGGCGGCGCGGAUGGAGGGCGCCGGCUUCGGCCGCGUGGCGCUGAGCUACUACGCGCUGCUGCAGGCGCGGCGGGCGGCGCAGGGCCUUUGCUGCGACGGUUUCAAGGUGCGCGAGGAGAAGGGCUCCUUCUUCCUCUGCUGGCAGGACCGCGCCAUCUUCUCCGUCUCCGCCUGGCGCGGCCGCCGCUUCGACUGACUCCCAGACGCCGUCGGCGGCGGCGCCGCUGCCCUUCCCGUAUUUUGUGGGAAGGAGACGUAGAUUCGCUCGUGGUACUCGCGUCACGUAGUAUUUGUUUUGGACCGUGUUAAUCUUAGGGUGGGUGGUGUCCUGGUCGGAUUGAGAUCCGCUGCAGUUGGGGUGGCUGACUUUGAGCCACUCCAUGUGGGGCCCACUAGCGCUGGGCCCGCUGGCAGUGACCCAAUGUCAGCAGCCCCAACGUCAGCUGAUCCGGUUCUGUCGUGGUCAGCUCAGGCGAAGUCGGUUGUCCUGUGUUGUUUUGUUCAUAGUAAGGAGUGUAUCCUCUCCGUUUGGGAUGAAAUGCAUACUUUCCUAGGAAUGAAUGAUCUAAACAAAAAUUAUUCUGUUUCUU